CGACAAAUGACAAAUCAAUGAAUGGACCAUGGUAAUGGCGAAAAUCAAUGGACCAUGGUAACAGCCUACGUACUCGGCUACGCGGCUACGCCAGUUACCUUUCAAAUCGACGGAGAGUCGGAGAGGGCGAGCUGCUGGGCUGUGCAAUCGACGAGGUUCGACGCAAACAAGGACAACAACGAAGGGCGAGCUGCUGGGUUGUAUCUCUUGGCCGGAGCUUUCGCCAGCGACGAGGAGGACGAAGAAACUACCGCCUACCGGUUUCGAUCGACGACGACGGGGUUCGACGGAAAUAGGGCAACGACGGAAGGCUUGCCAAAAACAGAGGCUGGCGGUGAGGAUGACAGCUGCUGGACUGUGUCGUGUCUGUCGCUUGGAUGGAGCUUGACAGCUUGUUGCCGACGACGGAGACGACGAAGCUACUGUCGAAUUGGAUGAACGGAAGAGUGAUCGGCAGACGGCAAUCGACCAAUCGUGCAGUCGUUCUCGUGCAGCAGCCAGCAGGGUAGGGCAGCAUGGGAAAUAAAGCGCGAUGCAAAAU